AUGAGUCCUAAGAUGUUGUCAUGUUCGGAGAGAAUUGAUAAAUUGAUGCAUGACAUCGAGAAGAAAAAUGCUUCGUAUUUCUCUCAAGAGGAUUAUUACCACUCAAAUACAUCAGUAUAUCAAUUACCACCUCCUCAACCCACUCUAAGAAAGUUAGCAGCUCGUCAACCUACUCUAAGAGAGUUAGCAGCUCGUCAACCUACUCUGAGAGAGCUAGCAGCCUUACAGUCAUCACCUUGUCAACCCAGUUUGAGACAGUUAGGAUCUUCGUAUCAGCAGCCACCAACUCAACUUCAACUUAGUGUUAGAGAGGCAGCUCUUCGAGAUUUUCAAAGUGAAAAAGGUCAACAACUUAUCGAAGAGGUCAAUCAAUAUAAGAUGAGUGUGGGGUUACCGGAAUAUGAUCCUAUAGGAAAUUUGCUUAAAUUGAAUAAGAAUGAGAAGAUUUCUGAAGAUGAUUCAUUGGUCCAGUCUCCCCAUCCACCAUCUCAAACUGAGCUUGAAUGUGAAGAAUUAGAAGAGAACGAAAUGAUUACAAGUCUAGAUAUUACAACUUUUCCUGAUUCUUCUGUUUCAAAAGAAGGGUUUGAAGUAGACACAUAUGGUGAGGUUGUCCAUAGUAUAAGAGAUAGUGUGGAUGAUGUGAAAGUUGAUUCAAUGAAAGACCAAGGAGAGGAUCAAUGGUACAAGAUUGAAUUUGAGAAAGAGGAUGUUGUAGUGUUGGAGUAUAAGUUUAUAUUUUCUCAUGGAAAGGAGAACCACUACAAGAGAUUCAUUGUUGCUGCUGAACAUGGUUUCUUCUGGUAUCGAGAUGGAACCAGCAACAAAAGAGCCGACACACUGAGUAAGCUCGCUUCAUCCAAUUUCGCUAAUCUCAGUCAUAAAGUGUUGGUUGAGAUGCUCCCAGAACCCAGCAUCCACCCUAAAGUCUCCCUGGCUAUUACCGAAGAUAAGGAUACAUGGAUGACUUCUUUCAUCCGAUUCCUCAAGAAUGGAAUGCUCCCCGAUAGCAAACAGGAAGCUCAAGCGUUGAAGCUAAAAGCAGUCAAAUAUACUCUUAAAGAUGGAAAAGCAGAAUUUUAUCAUUGUGAAAAGGGUGAUCUCUCUAUGUCUGCUUUCUUAGAUCGUCUGAAAGAAUUGUAUGCUUGUUUGGUCUCUAUCGGUGAUUCAAUAACCUAUCGUGAUGUUGUCAUGCAAGUUGUUAUGGGCUUGGGUCCUGAGUAUAAUGCAGCCACUUCUCAGAUUUCCGCUCAAAAGCCACUUUCGACUUUUGAUGAGUGUCUUUCGCGGCUUCUGCUUGAAGAAGCCAAAUUGGCGAAACAACAUUAG